CGAUUAAAAAAAGGUUUCAACACGAGAUUGCCACAGCACUUUUCGAGCUUAUUAAUCCUUAGCAGCUUGUGAGCAAAAGAUAGCCGUUGUCGGAAAUAAUAUUACCAAAAACUAAUUUCUACUUUUGUUUUGAGACUACUUCAACAUUUCUCAAAUUGUUCGGUAAACAAUUCAAAUUGACGAUGUCUCCCUGGAGAAAAAGAUAUUUAAAAAGUAGCAGUAAAAUGGACUCUACAUUAAAAAAAGGCUAAAUUAUCUCAUAGUUUGAAGCAACAAUACGUGUUUGAUAAAAUAUAAUUAAACUUCCAGGAGCAUAGGGAAGCAUUAACAUCAGCUACAGUGAUGAAAUAUACUUUUUUUAUACAUAAUUAUUAUUAUUUUAGAUCUUUACUUGCAUAUUGACACACUUUACUUUCCUUUUGUCCUCUUGGCCCCCAGUGUAAUGUUCUGGAUUUUCUACAUCUUACAUAAAUAAUGUUUGUCCAGAAAGAUCAGUGCUUUUAAUGCUAAUGAGGUGACAAACAAACUCCUACACAUUCUGUAAUCCUCUUACAGAACUGGAAAAUAAAGCAGCAUAAACUGAGCUUAAAGGAGCAACAUUCAGCUGACUGAAAGUCUCCUACAGAAAAAUAAGAUCAUGUAAUUAAGUCCUUCAGAGCUGCCAAUUAGGCAAGACCAGCAGAGAUGAAAUCAGACUGGUUGUGUCACAAAAUUGACUGGAAAAAUACAGUUUAUCGCUCUGAAGGAUUAAUGCACAUAUCUGCUGUCCUGCUGUGACCCAGGGUCACAUCUUUAAUAGACAAAAAAAAGCUUAAUUAGAUACUGCAACUCAUGAUCCAGGAAUCUAGCUCUGACGCAUGACAAGGAUCAUUCUAAACACACGGUUACCCCCGCUGACCCCGGGUAAAUAUGUUUAUUGUUCAACCUGCUCGCCAGGAAAGGAGGCUUUGGGCUUCCAGCUCACCCCGGGAUUAGAAACAACCGCCCCUGCGCACGGAUAUAAAUACUCCCGGCGCGCCACGUCCAGCUCAGUCUUUACGCACAAGUCCGGCAACGCCUGGAGGAAACUAUCUGCGAAGCUGCUGUUCAGGGGUGAACGCGAAUAAAACAGUUAUAAGUGGUAUUAUCAGUGUCUUUAACCCGACUGCUUCUGAAGACAAACAGGACCGAAGGGAUGUCCGUGUUGGGCGCACUGCCGUUCAUGAAGCCGCUGCACCAUGUGCGCUCCCCGGUGCCGCAGGGCCGCCGCCACACGCUGCCGGCCAGCGAGUUCCGCUCCCUGAGUCCGGAGGACGCAAUCAGCGUGUUCGAGAUAGAGAGAGAAGCCUUCAUCUCAGUGUCCGGAGAAUGCCCGCUCCACCUGGACGAGGUGCGUCACUUCCUCACGCUGUGUCCCGAGCUUUCUCUCGGCUGGUUCGAGGGGGGGCGGCUGGUGGCGUUCAUCAUCGGCUCUCUGUGGGACCAGGAGAGGCUGACCAUGGAUGCUUUGACUCUCCAUAAGCCUCAUGGAGCCACAGUCCAUAUCCACGUCCUCGCCGUCCACCGGACCUUCAGGCAGCAGGGGAAGGGCUCUAUUCUGAUGUGGCGCUACCUGCAGUACCUCCGGUGUCUGCCCUACGUGCGACGCGCUGUCCUGAUGUGCGAGGACUUUCUGGUUCCCUUCUACCAGAAGUCAGGGUUCAAGGCUUUGGGCCCCGCUGAGAUCACGGUGGGACCCCUCAACUUCAUCGAGAUGUUCUACCUAGUCAGGGGCCACGCCUUUAUGCGGCGCAACAGUGGAUGCUGAAGGAGGGGACUUCGGUUUAACGUUUCCAAAAACAGGAUGCAUUGACACUCCUUAAGCCUCGCGGAGUGGAGGCAUGUGAGUGGAGCAGGGAUUUGUCUAAUCUCUGAGUGAAAAAUGUUCAGCAGCCGGUGAGAAGAGAGCCUUCGUGAAGCUGAAAACAAAGAGCUGCCCACCAGCUUUCAGCAACUGUUGGACACGUCGUUUAUGCCUGGAAACCGUCAAGAUUUGUGCUGAAGAGAGAGAAGUUGCCAUUGGAGCAAAGAGUGGGAGCGGCAACUUCAUGAAACUUUGAAAAACUAAACAUUUGUUCUGAAAGAAAAUGUUGGACAUUUAACAAACUGCAAGCUGCCUUUUCCUUCAUCCGCUCCUUGUUCUAAAUGGUUUGUUAUGGUUCGAACUACAACUCGGUAAAAAAAAACAAUAAAAACUUGUCUAUCA